UUGAGUGACUCUACUGCCAGGAUUUUCUGAGUCCUGACUUCAAACAUUGUGCUUGCUUGUCCCCAUAAGGAAAUUGAUCCAAGAAAUACUUUGUCAAGUGAUGUAGCCUGAUUUUUUUCUUUGGAUACUAUGGUUACCAUGUCUGCAUGUGGACCCCUAAGCUUGUAUUUCUUGAGUACCAUUCUUCUAGAGCAGUCGUCAGGAGGCCAUGUGCAGAGAAGAAUCCAAAAAGUGGGGGCGUGUUUGAGCCCAGAGCACAGUCAGAAGGCUAGGCUCUAGGGUAAGAGUGACUUCCCUUGGCCUUGGGCCUUCUGUCAUUCUCUCCUUUUUAACAGAAAACAUCAGAGUAGUGAUGGUUGCCCGUCUCACAAAAGUUAUGGUAGGAAUAAGAUAAAAUUAACUACCCAGGACCCCACAGAUAUGAGGGGUCAACAUGGACUGUUCCAGCCUUGGCUAGUUGGGGCCAUUAAGGUCUACUUUGGGUGGGAGGAGAGUGCACAAAGGUACUGGUUGCCUAGUGGUAAUUUUUGGGUGACUUUGAUUCAUUUUAAUAAUCUGUCUCGGGGUAGGGACUAAAAUGAUUAUUGUUGUUUUUCUAAGAAAAAUUGGCUGUGUAUUUCUUGGGCCCAUUUGCUUCAGCUUACUGUUGGUAGAAACACUGUGGACAGAAACCAUGGGGCUGUGAUGUUUAGUCUUCUGUUGGAAGGGCAUGAAGAUUUUUUCCCAGUGAAGUCCUUAACAUCAUCCUUUGGGGUGGGGGUGGGGCCAGGUGGUGAUACUAAACCCUCAGUGAAGCUUGGAAGUCCAGAGAUCAGUCCUCAGAGGAAGGGCAAGCUGACAGGAGCCCUGGAGCUGGCCAUUGGUUCCAGUUUUCCCAUUUCGAAGAGUCUGUGCUGACCCUCUCUAGCUCCAGCUGCUGAGGGCAGAGCACAGCCACAAAGAAUGACUCCCCUUCUGACUGGUCCACAGUUCAGUUGCUUGUUUGCUUUGAAGAAAUUGCAAGGUGGGGAAGUUGAUGUUUUAGGCUCUGAUUUCAGUCCCUGCUGGGCUAUGCAAAUGUUCUCUACAUGCCUGAGUGACCUUUUGAAAAAGAGCCUUUGUGAUCUCCUGUAGCCAAGGCCUGUUUUGGGAAUUGUGGGCCAGAUCCCCUCUAAAGCGGGAAAAGUGGGUCUGGCGAAGGUGCUCUCCCAUUAGGGAGGGCAGCAAAUGUUUUGCCUGUCGGAAGGUAAAUAAGUCCAACUUUCUUCUUGCAUUUGCAGGAGUGUGACACUUUGCUUGGCAGUUUUCUUUGUAGGUUGAUUGUGGAAUGAAGUGUGACUGAGGAGAAAACUGAGGCAGUCCUCUGGAGCUGGGACAACAUUUACUUAGAUGCUUCAGGAUAGCGGAUACAAGGAAGUGACCUCAAUAGACCGUGGUCCUUGAGGUAAGAAGAGAGGGUGCUGGAAAGUCCUUGAAGAUCCGAUAUAGUGCAGACCUUUGUUUGGUGGCAGGUUGGGAGACAAAUACAAGCCGUGGGCUGUGAUGUUGAGUCUUGUGUUAGAAGGGCAUGAUGAUUGUUUUUCUGUAAGUCCUUAGUAUUCUCUUUUCUCCUCUGGGGGUAGGUGAUAUUACUGCUGAACCCUCAGUGAAACUCGGAAGUGCAGAGACCGAGCAUCAGAGCAGAUGGAUAAUGGAGACUGGGCCUAUAUGAUGACUGAUCCAGUCACAUUAAAUGUCGGGGGCCACUUGUACACGACCUCCCUCACCACUCUGACGAGGUAUCCUGACUCUAUGCUGGGAGCCAUGUUUGGGGGAGACUUCCCCACAGCCAGAGACUCUCAGGGCAACUACUUCAUUGAUCGGGAUGGACCCCUUUUCCGAUACGUUCUCAACUUCUUAAGGACUUCAGAGUUGACUUUGCCUCUGGACUUUAAGGAGUUUGAUCUGCUUCGGAAAGAAGCUGACUUCUACCAGAUCGAGCCCUUGAUUCAAUGUCUCAACGAUCCGAAGCCUUUGUAUCCCAUGGAUACUUUUGAAGAGGUCGUUGAGCUGUCCAGCACUCGGAAGCUCUCCAAGUAUUCCAACCCGGUGGCGGUGAUCAUCACGCAGCUGACCAUCACCACCAAGGUCCACCCUCUGCUGGAGGGCAUCUCCAACUACUUCACUAAGUGGAAUAAGCACAUGAUGGACACCAGAGACUGCCAAGUGUCCUUCACUUUUGGUCCCUGCGAUUACCACCAAGAAGUCUCUCUGCGCGUCCAUCUCAUGGAGUACAUUACGAAGCAAGGCUUUACGAUCCGCAACACACGGGUGCAUCAUAUGAGCGAGCGGGCCAACGAAAACACAGUGGAGCACAACUGGACUUUCUGUCGCUUGGCCCGCAAGACAGAUGACUGACCCACGACCAGGGGAAACUGGUGGACUCUGGCUCACAGAUGAAAGGUUAAAAAAAAAAAAUCACCCCUGUGGGCUUAAAAAAAUCUGUAUUUAUUUAAAGGAUGUGAGGACUGGAAAAGAAAUUUGUGCUUAUCAAAACUUCUGUCCUCUCCCUUCCUCCCCUGUUGUCCCAUUCACACCGAGUAUGCAUGUGCCUGUUCAAAUUCUCAAGAUACCUUUUUUAUAAAAAGAAUUCUAAAAAUCA